AUGGGUCGUAGGUCACCAAUGAGAACGUCCAAGCGUCCCUUUCCACCAGGAUUUACUCCUGUGCCUGCAUCUCAUGCUCUUUCCAUCGGUAUUCCUCGAGAAGAAUGCGAGCCGAUCUUUUUGUCACCAAGCUUACGUUCCCCGAUCCUAGAGCUUGAACCGUCAGAAUACCCUUCACUAGAAACCACAUCUGAGCAUAGUUGUUCUUCAACUUCAUACUCUAAAUCUCAAACAGAAUCUUAUUCGCGUCCUUCAGCCCGAACGAUCAAGAUGAUUUGUCAAUCAGUUCUCAAGCUCAAAAAGUCAAGGUCUCGUCCUGAUCUCAGUAACGCUCUGAUAGAACAUACUCCUACCACCCAAGAAAAGCUUCCUAUGUUGGGUUCAUUUAGUCAACUCACACUUUGCCGUACUUCAACACCAAGCUCUAUAUCUCAUAAACCUUCAUUCUCAUCACUACAAUCUAAUCUGAACCAACCAAUCACAUCAUUCGAAGCACCAUUCUCAAGAACAGAACCAAUUGAAGUUGAAGAAAGUCGAUUUCAAGAACCAAUAGAAGAAUUACAAGCAGAAGCCAUCCGAAAAGCUGAAUGUGAAAAAGGACAUCGAAGACAACGUUCGAAUGAUUUAUUACAAAACGAUCGACCUUUGUUUUUUGAUAAUCCUAUUAUCAUCUCUGCUAUCUAA